AAGUAGCACAUGCUGCCCGAGGCAAUUUCCGAACAGCUUCCCCGAGCACAGCCCAAUCCCCUAAAAUAUACGCAAUAAACUUCCCACUCCCCCCACUCCCCUUCUGCAGAGCAUACCGCCUCUCCAGCUAAUCCGCCCUACAGAUUUCCCGAUCAAGCUGCAGCGAUGGACAUGGAGCGCGGCGGUGUCUACAGAAACGGAAAGCGGCGGGGCGGCGGAGCCGGCGGCCAGAACGAAGUGUUGGCAGCAGAGCCGUCUCCGUUCUACUAUAAUUCCGAUUUGGCGGCGGAGAGGGAGUGGACGCCAUGGAUCGUGCCGAUGUUCGUUGCAGCCAACGUUGCAUUCUUUGUGGUGGCCAUGUAUGUCAACGAUUGCCCCGCCCACUCCAAUUUCUACGGAUCCUGCGUGGCUAAAUUUCUCCAUCGACUCUCGUUUCAGCCGCUGCACGAAAAUCCCCUCCUCGGGCCCUCUUCCGCGACAUUGGAGAAGUUGGGAGCUCUUGUAUGGAACAAAAUUGUUCAUCAACAUCAAGGAUGGAGGCUUAUUACAUGCAUUUGGUUGCAUGCUGGUGUUAUCCACUUGUUGGCCAAUAUGUUAAGUCUGGUUUUUAUUGGGAUUCGCCUUGAGCAGCAAUUUGGUUUUGUGCGGAUAGGCAUAAUAUACCUUCUCUCUGGAUUUGGAGGUAGCAUCUUGUCAACUCUUUUUAUCAGGAACAAUAUCUCUGUUGGUGCUUCUGGAGCUUUGUUUGGGCUUCUCGGAGCAAUGCUAUCAGAGCUGAUAACAAACUGGAGCAUCUAUACUAACAAGGCUGCUGCUUUAUUUACACUGUUGAUCAUGAUUGUGAUCAAUCUGGCCAUUGGAAUACUUCCCCAUGUUGACAACUUUGCACAUAUUGGAGGCUUUUUGUCUGGUUAUCUUCUGGGAUUUGUUUUUUUGCUCCGGCCUCAGUUUGGUUGGAUUGAACGCCACAAUCUUCCUGCUGCAAGUCAGGUCCAAUCAAAGCACAAGGUUUACCAGUAUGUUCUGUGCGUGAUUGCCCUGCUUUUGCUGAUAGCUGGGUUUGUUGUUGGCUUGGUGAUGCUGUUUCGAGGGGUGAAUGCUAAUGACCAUUGCAAAUGGUGCCACUAUGUAGACUGCGUGCCCACAUCAAAAUGGAGUUGCGGGAAUUGAACCAGGAAUAAUGAAAAUAUCUCUGCUCUUGACCAGGACGGAAUAUUUUGUAAAUUUUGCUUUUGCAGGUUCUACAAAUACAGCUUAGAUAUUAACGUUGCCCUGCAUUUAAAAUUUGUUUGUAAAUAGCUGAGAAUCGGUUGAUUUGAUUCUUCAGUGGGAUAUGAGGUGCGAGUGAUUUCUUAUAUUAUAAUUGUUUCUUUUUCAUA